AGGGGAAGAUCGGAUCACCGACUCCCAGUCCGAGGCUUUCAGACCUUGGUCUCUGGCACGAAGCCCGCGGGCCGGCCAAUCGGCGGGCAUACGGCGGCGGGGGGGCGGGGCCUGUUCGCUCAGCGGAACGGUGAGAGCGGCGAAGAGCAAGGCCGGGGUUGAAAGUUUGCGGAGUCCUGAGGCUUUCAGACUGAGAAAGACUUUCUUCUCUCACUGACAAUCUCCACCAUGAUUCAUAGCCUUUUCUUGAUCAACUCCUCUGGAGAUAUUUUCCUGGAGAAACAUUGGAAAAGUGUGGUCAGUCGUUCUGUUUGUGAUUACUUUUUUGAGGCACAAGAGAGAGCUACUGAGGCAGAAAACGUACCACCAGUUAUCCCUACCCCUCACCACUAUCUCUUAAGUGUUUACCGGCACAAGAUCUUUUUUGUGGCUGUGAUCCAGACGGAGGUCCCUCCUCUAUUUGUCAUUGAAUUUCUUCACCGAGUAGUGGACACAUUUCAGGAUUAUUUUGGAGUCUGUUCAGAGCCAGUGAUCAAAGACAAUGUGGUUGUGGUUUAUGAGGUAUUGGAAGAGAUGCUUGACAAUGGGUUUCCAUUAGCUACCGAGUCAAACAUCCUCAAAGAACUAAUAAAGCCUCCCACUAUCCUUCGAACAGUUGUCAACACCAUAACAGGAAGCACCAAUGUGGGUGAUCAGCUUCCCACUGGGCAGCUGUCGGUGGUGCCUUGGCGACGGACGGGGGUGAAAUAUACCAACAAUGAAGCUUAUUUUGAUGUGAUUGAAGAGAUUGAUGCCAUCAUUGAUAAAUCAGGUUCCACAAUUACUGCGGAGAUCCAGGGGGUGAUUGAUGCCUGUGUCAAGCUGACAGGAAUGCCAGACCUUACACUUUCCUUCAUGAACCCCAGGUUACUGGAUGAUGUGAGCUUCCAUCCUUGUGUUCGCUUCAAGCGCUGGGAAUCCGAGCGUAUCCUCUCCUUCAUCCCUCCCGAUGGAAACUUCCGCCUGCUCUCUUACCAUGUCAGUGCGCAGAAUCUGGUGGCAAUUCCAGUGUAUGUCAAACAUAACAUCAGUUUCCGGGACAGUAGUUCACUUGGACGCUUUGAAAUAACGGUAGGACCUAAGCAGACUAUGGGGAAGACCAUCGAGGGAGUGAUUGUCACCAGCCAGAUGCCCAAAGGGGUCCUGAAUAUGAGCCUCACUCCCUCUCAGGGGACACACACAUUUGACCCAGUUACCAAGAUGCUGUCUUGGGAUGUAGGAAAAAUAAAUCCCCAAAAGCUACCAAGUUUGAAAGGGACCAUGAGUCUUCAGGCUGGAGCUUCCAAACCAGAUGAGAACCCCACAAUUAACCUGCAGUUCAAGAUCCAGCAGCUGGCCAUUUCUGGACUCAAAGUGAACCGUCUGGAUAUGUAUGGAGAAAAGUACAAACCCUUUAAAGGCAUAAAAUACAUGACCAAAGCUGGAAAAUUCCAAGUUCGAACCUGAAGGGAGAGUUUUACGAAGGGAACAGUCAUGAACACUUUUUCAUUUCUUACUUGUCUAAAAGGAAAAAAAUAUCAGCCUGUCUCCUAGGUCAGUCCCCUUCUGGAUUCAUCCGCUCCCUUUUUUCCUUAGCCUUCAGUGCCAUGGAACUAAUCAAGGGAGAAAAGGGUCGCCAGGGAAAGCUGGACAGAACUGAAACAAUCAGCACCAAUUCGGUUCUUACAGAAGACCUGUGCGAUGGAGGGAUGCCAGAGAUGCUUGAUACCAUAUUUAAUGAUUUUUAACGUGGUUGCCAUAGGAAAAGACUAGCAUUUGUUACUUGCUUGGCUUUAAUUAUCUAAAGCCAAUGAAAGACUUCUUUGUUACUGUUUUUUAAAGUGGAAAGAAAGAUUAGAAAGAAGGGGGGGGGGAGAGAGAGAGAGAGAGAAAGGAAAGGAAAGGAAGGGAGCUUGGAAAAAAAUGAAUGUUAGUCAAGGACAGGCCAGUGAAGGAUCUGAUCUAUGAGGGAGAAGAAAGAGGAAACAGCAUUAAAGAAGUAUGAGGACACUAGAGUGAAAGUGGCAAGAAAAGCAAUCAAGUCUCACAUGAAGGAGUUUUGGGAAGAACAGAGUUGAGUUAGUUUCUUUCUGACCCCUCUACUUUCAUAUAUUAGACAACAACAACAACAACACACAUUUGUACUUCUAGAAAUGAACUGGAAACUUCUUAAAUUCAACUCCAUGAUUGACAUGGAAAACCCCGGUAGAAUCAGAUUUUCCCUUAAAGACCAUAAAUAUACCUGGCCAGUUUUCAGAUACUAACUGCUGCUUGCCUUUUGCAGUUGGUCCGUCAUUCAGUGAGAAGGUGACCUGUCCUCUUCCCAGUGGUGGUUGCCUAAAAUGCCUCUUUCCCUAACCCAAAACAAUCCCACCUUUACAGAAUUCACCAGCCUUUUCCUUGUCACCUGAGGAGAGUUUUAGAAAAGCCAAUCCCAUAAACCCAUGGCAGCCAGAUUUUGUAUGUCUUAGUAUUGGAGUGUGGAUGGCCAGCUCAUUCCUCAUGAAGGUGUACCUCAACUAUAGUCCAGUGGUCCCUUAUGUCCAUCUGUCAGUGCUGUACUGGUAUUGGAGUCUAAGCCAUCCUGUCAGAAAGUUUUCCAUCAGCAUCCCUAAGUAAGAGGAAUGCUUGCCAUUGAGGACAUGGGUCAUCCUUGAAGCUGCUCCGUAGAGUUAUUUUCUCAGAUUCUUUUGUUUUGUACUCAAUGUAUUUAUUAACAAUAGAUAUCUACCAGUCUAUUUUUGUUUUAAGGCA